CGUGUUUCGACAUCCUCAAGCCCAGACCAUCCAUCCAGACCAUCCCGUCCGUCGACGUGCAAUCCACCAAUAUACCAUCUCUCAAUUUCUGCUUUGGGCGACCGGCUUCGCUCACCGUCCUUCUCCACUCCCUCUUCGAUUUCCCUGUUUCCCUGCCUCUGUGUCUCUGCGUCUCGUGUUAGGAGCUACAUGUGAACUGUUGACCGGCUUUCUAAUACGAAAUAGGGGCAGGUCCAAGCACACCGUUAUCGCAGUGCUGGAUCCAGCCGUGGUGACCGAAUGCAAGUAUCGUUUCCAUACUCGAGAUAAUUGAGCCUCUACAUCUCAAACCACUUCCGCCAGAAUGCCCCCCCGAAGCCGGCCGGCAACGACGGGCUAUGAACGCCUGGCCCAGGUCGACCAAUUCAGCGAUGAAUCCGACGACGACAUCCUCGGCCAGAGUUUCGCCUCCCUCCAACCGCAGUCCGCUCCUCGCUUUACGUCCGUAACCCAACCCCGACCUCACUCGGGCAUGACCUCGCCGAAACCCGUCCCCAAGCCCAAGUACCGUUCGAAGCGGAAGAGAAGCAAUUCCGGGGUCGACCUCAAGGCCAUCAACGCGCGUCUGGAGCGAUGGGCGGAUGAGAUUGCUUCGAAAUUCAAGAGAGGGAAAGGAAAGGGGCCCGGCGAGGAGGAACGCCUCGAGAUCCAUUACAGCGUCUUCCAGCCUCCCGAAGGUGUGCGGCCCGCCACUACCGAGACUCUCGCCGCCAUGCCCGAACCCGCCAUGUCCAAGGCCGAAUUCGAUGCUAUAGUAGACAGCGUGCGCGUCGCCAUCGACCAGGGCAUGCACCCCAGCUUAAUCACCCAAGGCAGCUCCGGAAGCUAUUUCGCGCGGAAUACCGACGGUAAGAUCGUCGGCGUAUUCAAGCCUAAGGACGAGGAGCCCUAUGCAGCUGGAAACCCGAAGUGGAACAAGUGGAUUCAUCGGAAUCUCUUCCCCUGCUGCUUCGGCCGUGCAUGCCUGAUUCCCAAUCUCUCGUACGUGAGCGAAGCAGCCGCCUACGUUCUCGACUGCCAAUUGCGCACCCACGUCGUCCCUUACACCGACGUGGUCUACCUGUCGUCCAAGUCGUUCCAUUAUCCGUAUUGGGACCGCCGGAAUUUCUACCGGAAGAAAAAGCCCCUUCCCUCCAAGCCGGGCAGUUUUCAAGUUUUCCUCAAAGGCUUCAAGGAUGCGAACGUGUUCCUGAGAGAACAUCCCUGGCCGGACCAGUAUUGGACCGGCUUCCGCACAGGGGAUACGCAUCGGCAUAGGAGGAGGAAGUGGGCCGACAGCUGCCGGCCGUCUAGCAGAGCCGCUCGCGAUAAUGACCUUGAGAGUGAUGAUGAACGCAACGCCCCCGAGCUACAGCCUCUGGGUCCGGAUAAUUUCAGGUGGACCGAGUCUCUGAAGCAGUCGUUCCGCGAGGAGCUGGAGAAGCUUGUGAUCCUGGAUUACAUCAUGCGGAACACGGAUAGAGGUCUCGACAAUUGGAUGGUCAAGGUUGAUUGGCGGACGCAAGAGGUCUCGAUUGCCUCCGAGCCUCCGCAACUCAACAUGGAACUCCCCGAGGAGGACGAAGACGAGCGACCCGCGAGACCGGUCGAAUUGCCGAGGAGCAAAUCUAGAAGCUCUAACCCGCACCCUUACCGGCCCCAGAAGCCUAUGAACGCCGACGGUACCGUCAAGGUUCCCGACGCCAAAAUAUCCCUCGGUGCGAUCGAUAAUUCGUUGUCGUGGCCUUGGAAGCACCCAGACGCGUGGAGAAGUUUUCCUUUUGGCUGGCUCUUCCUACCUGUGGAUCUCAUCGGCCGGCCUUUCUCCCAGAAGACUCGAGAUCAUUUCCUACCUCUCCUCACUUCCACGCAGUGGUGGAGCCAGACUUCGCUGGAGCUCCGUAAGGUCUUCCAACUCGACCCAGAUUUCCAGGAGAAGAUGUUUUCUCGCCAGAUGGCGGUGAUGAAGGGCCAGGCCUGGAACGUGGUCGAGACGCUGAAGACGCCGGACCACGGCCCUCUCGAACUCACACGGCGCGCGAGGGUGUGCGUGUGGGAUGACCUAGUCGAAGUCCCCGUUGCCGUGCCUAUGCGCGCGACGUCGAACGAGAUGCGUCGAAAGGCGGAACUCGCUCUGCACAGUACGAUCGAGGAAGAGAUGGAUAUCGGCGCCGCUAACUCGUCUACGGCGCCCGCUCACAACGUAGACGACCUACUCGGAUUCUCCAGUCCCCUGCCGCACCCCGGCCGCUUCGAACUCGCGAGCCCCCGCGGGCAGUCGCCAGACAUGGUCGAACCUAUCCCGGCUAGCUUUCCAUUGAACGGCACGGCGCAGAAUCCGUUCGACACUCUUACCGCGGCCGACUCGGAUCACGCCCACGGGACGAAGUCGAACCGCGCCCCGAGGUCCAGCUACCAGGGGCCGCCGCGGCCUCAGCUGAAUUUGUACUUGCCGGGGAAAGAGCGUCGGUACUCGCUCGCAACGGCGAACGCGUCGCGGCAGAGCAACUCGAUCGCCGGGAGGCUCUACGGAAACGGCUACAGCUACGGCGAGGACGACGAUGACAUGGACGGCGAUCUAGGGUACGCCGCGGCGGAGACGAUGGACGGCAACAGGCGCAAGGUGAUCGUGGAGAGGCUCGAGACGGUCAAGAGCCGGAACCCGGUGUUUACGUGGUGCUAAAAGCGGGGUGAUAAAAAGGGGGGCGGAGACACAGGAGGGAGGUGGAAAAGCCUUGUCUAGAUUUAUGUACAUGCAGAUAUCGGCCCCGGCAACUCGGCGGAUCACAGAGCCGCAACAGGGAAGAAGAAAAAGAAGACGAAGAGGAACGAAUAGAAGAAGCGGACGAGGCAGGGUAAGGCAUUCGCGAAUAAGGGGGAGACAGAGCACGGGGAUCACAUGACCCGCAUACACACCGACACACACAAUCUUAUCCCCUCUCCCCCCUCCCCCUCCCACACCCGGGAAGACGAUGCCGUGUCCGGCCACUACUGCUCGCGAGCGCGUUGUACGAUGCAAGGGAGGAAUUGCGGCGACGGUACGGCCUAACCAGGAUACAGCAUGGCACGACACGACGCGACAAGGAAGGGGGGGGGGAGAGGGGCGUGUUGGGUCGUGGUUGGUGCGCGGGGCGGCAUAUAGACGGUUACGGCACGAAGAUAGAAUAUUACCGCUGCUACUGCGAUCAGGGCUACCUGCUAGCAGGAUAGAGGAAGGAGGGGGGGGGGGGGGGGGGUCGAGAAGAGACGAUGGAUCUACGAGGGGGGCCGCACUACGCGUCUUCUGGCGAAGCCGAGUAAUUAAUU